AAGUUAAGUCUCUAUGAAAGCUCAGAAAACGUGGUCACUGUGAUGUUAUUAGCGUAAUAAAGCGCUAUUAAUGUUAAUUCUGUGCUUUUAUUUUGGUAGAAUAACGGCCGGAACUCAACAGAAGUUUUUACCGGAAGUUAUGUUGCUAGCUUCACGGAGCUCGGUUUAUCCGGAAGUCUCGAAAAUGCUAAUGACCCUAAUAUAGGUCGGAAAGGAAGGAUAUGAUGGAGGAGAUGGGAAGAUUGGGGAUAACAGGAGCAGGAUUGAGGGAUGUACUGGAGUGUGGUGCUAGUGGGCAGGGGAGGAGAUGUUUUAUCAACUACCUUCGGGGAACGGGACUGUUAAUAAAAGUGUGACAGGCAAUAAGCUGUAGGAGUUAACUUACUCCGAAAGGUGGCAGUAAUGCAACUUUCAAGGAUGUAAGCUGCCGGUAAACAACACCGAAGAAGAAGAAGAAGAAGCUAAUGACCCGAAGAAAAUGACGACACGACUUCUGAAGCCUGAGACAGGUGCAUGCCACUGAACUGUAUGAGAACAAACAAACUGCGAAACUUUUUGCACGAAAAUACAAAAGGAAGCCAGAUCUUUCAGUAACAAUUCCAGCCGGAAAUGAGAAUUGCAGGUUAUGGAAUCCUUGUUGCACUUCAGUUGGCCCAGCUGGCAGUAUCUCCAGUCUACUCUGUCCGCACGUUCGUGAGCUUCGGCCAUUCCCUCACUCUUCCCUGCCAUGGAGACCCCAGCAGGGAUGUGGAUUGGUUGUUUCAGCAGGAUGAGUUUCCUGAUUGGCUUUUUGUGGCCCAACUCCACACCGGAGCCUUUUCCUCUGGAAACGGCUUCCAGGGACGGGUGGAAUCCUUCCACCUAACAGAGCCAGGAAACUACAGCCUCACCCUCAGUCCUGUGGUGUACAGUGACCUCGGCAUUUACAAGUGCCAGUACAAGGAUGAGACUGAGAUCCUUCUUUCAGAUGUGAAACUAGAAAUUAGAGUCACAUCAAAUGUUUCUAUAGCGAUGGGAAUGUCCGUCAGUCUUCCUUGCAUUGGGAAAAUUAAUAUGCAAGCACAUGCUGGUGAUCUGGAUAUCCUCUGGAAGAGAGGUGGAGAGAAAGUUUACCAGAUCCAUAAGAACACCAUCACAUAUGGUCCCGGGUUCGAGAACAGAGCUUCAGUUUCCCCAGAACAAGCCCUCUAUGGAAACAUGUCUUUAACCAUCAGACAGACACGGUUUUCAGAUGAAGACGACUACCAGUGCUUCUACAAUAGUCCGAAAGAGAGGGGGAAUCCAGAUUCUGCCAGUCUCGUUGUGACAGGCCACCCUCCCCAGACCCUCACAGUGAAGGCCGGUGGUUUGCUCUCCAUACCGCUCUAUACCGCAGACACAGUGAGGGUAACAUUCAGUGCCCUUGGUUCAGAUGAAGUGAUGAUGCUCGAUGCAAAUAAAGGCCCAGCCAGGUACGGGAAGCGUUGUGCUCAGAGAUGUAAGCUACAGAACUACACCCUUUUGCUGAGGAGUGUGACACUGGAGGAUGCCGGAGUCUACAAGGUAACCGAUCCUGAGACCAAGAAGACCAUCGGCUCAGUCUCUCUGCAAGUCUCAGCCUCUGCGGGACUCUCUGCUGGAGCAGUGGCUGGGAUAGUGGUGGGAGUGAUGGUGUUGCUGCUGGUUCUGGCUGGCAGUGCCUUUGCAGUCUGGAAGUUCUUCAUAAAGACAGCAAACCCUGAAAAUGACAUUAGUUUCCAAGCAGCCAAUACAGAAGAUCUCUAAGGUUCCAACAGCAGAGCAGCAUGCAUUCUGUUUCCUGACAGCCAUGAGCCCCCUCUCUCUGUGUCCUGUAGGGCAGUUAUAAGUUGUUUCUCUGCGGUCCUCUCUCUGAGGGCUCAAAUGCUUUAUUUCUGCAUAAGCUCCCAAAUGAGUCUGUGUCUGUUACUUUCAAUAUUCCAACACUAUCUUCCACUUCCCUUCAGGAUCGCCAGACCCCUCAUGCCAGAUACCCAUAAUUCUAAGACACUGGGGGGGAUUAACAACCUCCUUGCAUGUAGAGGAGGCAUAGUAAGGACUGUUCAUUCGCUGUUAACCACACUAACGUUGUGAACCCCCAUGGUGUGAUAGCUUUGUGCUGUGCCAACUCGACGCCUAGAUAAUUGCUGUGUAUCCCUAUAGAGCACCACCGGCGACUAGCGGGCACCGUCAGUAUUUCAAGGCCGCUCCAUUCACACCAGCGAAUGGAGGAAAGUCUAAUUGAAUAAUUAGCAAAUACAAUUACAAUAUCCAACAGGUCUGAAAAACUCAAAGCGAGUGCAGGGUAAUAGAAUCUUACAGUGUCACGUUUCUGAGUUCCCUAGCCUGCACAACUUAGAAAUAAUUCUUCAUCUUCUCGUAACCUGAACCAAAAGUAAUCAUGUUUGGUAUGGGUAUAUUUUAAUACUCACAACGAAGGUCGGGGUACAAAGUAUAUCCACCUUUCUUGCAUUGCUAAAUAAUUAUCCAACUAGAUCAAAACUAAAUAAAUAUUUACCAAAGUUACUGAAACCCGCCCCACAAUGGGAAAGGCGAACGUGAUAUGAAGGUGUGCCCUCCAAACAGCCAAUGACAGCCCAGACUGCGCUCUCCUGGUCAGGUUUUUAAGUCGAUGACCACUGAAGCCGCCCUUCUUCUUUUUUCUUGUUCAAAGUUUUCCUUUUCCCCUCCGUACCCGAGCCGUGGCUCACGUUGAUUUUUAGGAAGCUACCCUAGCCUCUGUGUCCCCGCCGAAUAACCCUGGAUCGGUUGGACUUAAGAGUGUUUGCACCGCUUUGGAACCGUGUGUCUAUGCCUUGAAGUACUGACGGGCUCAUGUUGGGAGUCCGGUGUCGCCGAUCAAGCUGGCCUGUCUAAAGCUACAUUUCCGGCUUUGAACUUAGCGCAUGCUGCCUCAGCUCGGGGAUCACUUUCCCCUCCCUCUCUCCUCUCUUCCUCUCCUCUCCACACUACGACUCAUAAGUAACGCCAUAAUUCGAAGUUUAACGUACCGUUAGCUAUUUAUGCAUACAUCCGUACGGAGCCAGCAGUAGCAAGACAGUGGCUAGAUGGUAAACCACAUUGUAUGGUUAAAGAACUUUGUGUUAUGAGUCGAGUGUAACUGAUUGUUGUCUGUCUCAGACUAAUCAUAGACUACGUGCGUAAAAUGGUAUUAGUUCAUAGUUCAGAGUUUCUGUGUAGUGGUACCCAGCAACCUUAUUGAGAGAGCGUUUCACUUAUGAACUAUAAUACUGAUACUGUAACGUCUGACUCGUCACUACAUUCUACAUUAUAUGUAAGGAAUUGUAUUGUACUAUACUGUGCCAAUAUCUUCUCCCGUGUUACAAGCAAACUGCUUAACUUCCCAUAACAAUUAUUUGUCAUUAAAGCUUAUAUUUUUGUA